UAAUAUUUGACAGACAUUAUCCAUUGAUGUUGAAUAACAUAAGUUGAGUCACGAAGUGAAAACUAUAACAAAAAGUCCCAAAUCGACUGUGUAAAAGUCAAACAACAAAAUGGCCCAUUACAAGGGGGCUGCUAGUGAGGCCGGACGAGCAAUGCAGCUGAUGAAAAAGCGUGAACAGGCACAACAAGAGAUUGAGUUUAGGAAAAAGAAAAUUGAGGAGGACCUCCGCAUCAACAACAUUGAAAACAAAUUCGCUAGCCACUACGAUGCCGUCGAACAACAGCUCAAAUCGUCGACCAUCGGUCUGGUCACACUGGACGAAAUGAAGGCGAAGCAGGAAGACAUUGUCCGAGAACGUGAGAAAAAACUGGCGCAGAAAAAGGAACAAAAAGAUCGCGAAAAAUUGAAGGCACUGGAGGCGAAACAGGCUGAGAAAAAUAAACAGAAACAACAGAUCCAGGCGCUGUCUUUCUGUGUGGAAGACGAAGAAUCGAAUGAUGAUGACGACCACGACGAUGAUGAUGAAGAGGCACAGCCUAAGAAGCCAUUCAAGUGGAUAAAGGAUGAAGAUGAGGACUUGAUGGCUACAGUUCCGGCAAAGAAAGUGAGAAAAAAUCCCGAUGUGGACACGUCCUUCCUUCCUGAUCGGGAGCGUGAAGAGAGGGAAAAUAAAUUGAGAGAAGAAUUGCGCCAAGAGUGGGUCGGACAACAGGCCACAUUGAAGGACCAGGAAAUAACCAUAACGUUCAGCUAUUGGGACGGUAGCGGUCAUCGUCGUUCGGUGCAAAUGAAAAAAGGAAAUUCAAUUUAUCAAUUUCUGCAGAAAUGCUUGGAAGUUCUACGUAAGGAGUUCAGCGAACUGAAGACAGUGAUGGCCGAUCAAUUGAUGUACGUCAAAGAGGAUCUCAUCCUUCCGCAACACUAUACCUUUUACGACUUUAUUGUAACGAAGGCUAGAGGCAAAUCGGGUCCCUUAUUCCAGUUCGACGUACACGAUGACAUUCGGAUGAUCAGCGACGCAACCAUCGAAAAAGAGGAGUCUCAUGCCGGCAAAGUGUUGCUUCGGUCCUGGUACGAGCGCAAUAAACACAUCUUUCCGGCAAGCAGAUGGGAACCAUACGAUCCAACAAAAACAUACGACAAGUACACGAUCAAGGACAAGAGCAAGAAAUAGAAGUGUCGUCGGAACGGUUUCGUAUCGAUGCAAUGGCGUUUUUAUU